UAUUUAGAAUCUUGUGAUUUACAAAAAUAAUCCUUGUGUCAAACAGCUGUUUCUGUGGGGUUGUUUUUGUGCGGCACAGCGCUGUGAGAGGGGAAUCUGGUAUCAGGAAAUGCUUGGUUACUGUAUGUUAAAAGGACGGCGGAUUAGACCGUUCCUAGUUUCUUUUUACGAUAUUUUCAAAGGAAACCAAGCAGUAUGCUCAGUUAUUGUGAACAGCGGAAAGUGGGUUCUCAUGUGAACUUAUUUUAAAGUGUUUUUUUCUGAUAUGUAAUAAUGUCAUGCAUCUGAAUUAAGACAGCUAAGAAAAUCGAUAAGACAAUUACAGUGUUGAACUUACAUGCGUUCUUCAUAUUACUCCGUCGAAUUCAAUACAGACUUAAUUUUAGAUGUUUUUACGAGUAAGUUUCAGUGUCAGACCACUCUUGGCACUGUCUGUGCAGGUUUACUUUAUAAAGACAGGGUUUAAAGACCUGCAGGUGUAAUAACCAUGUCACGGAACGACGUGUCCGGCAUUGAGACGUCGGCAGUUUCGGUGUUGAAGAGAGCUGUGGAGCUCGACCAAAGCUCUAGGUUUCAGGAGUCUCUUGUCUGCUAUCAAGAAGGCAUUCAGCUGCUGCUAGACGUGCUUAAAGCCAUCAAGGAUGAGUCAAAGAAGACCCAUUACAGGGAGAAGAUAAGGGUGUACAUGGAACGGGCAGAGCAGAUCAAAAACCACCUGAAACAAGAAAAGGAAGAGGGUAAAUAUCACGAGCAGAUCAAAAUUAUGGAGAACGCCACAGGUUAUAGCUACGAAAAGCUCUUCAAACCCUACAUCAAUGAGACCUUGACUGAAAUCUGGGUGGAAGACCCCUACAUCAGAUAUUUUCAUCAGCUGUAUAACUUCCUGCGGUUCUGCGAGAUGCUGUUGAAGGCUCCCUGCAAAGUCAAGAGGAUUCAUCUGCUGACCUCGCAGGAAGAAGGUGACAGCUCCACCCAAGUUAAUGCGUUGGCAGAGAUAAAGCAGUCUCUGCAGAAUCAUGGGGUAACGCUAACCAUCGAAUACUCAACCACUAUUCAUGACCGGGAAAUCAGAUUCAAUAAUGGAUGGAUAAUCAAGAUUGGAAGAGGGCUGGACUACUUUAAGAAGCCACAGGGUAAGUUCUCCAUCGGCUACUGUGACUUCGACCUGAGACAGUGCCAAGAGACCACAGUGGACAUUUUCCACACAAAGCACACAAGGACCACAGACCUUUAAAAGACUUUUAUGUGUUAUCCAUUUAAAUGUUUUUUAGGGUGUUCAAAUUUGAAUGUAUCGGUGUUGUGGAUUUCUAAACUGUCAGAAACAAAUGACAAAUGUUGGUCUUAAAGUGAAGAAUUAAAUGGAUGCUUAUUUAAAUUUGACAAACAACUUUGAGUAGAAUGACACUAUUGUGCUGACAAUUGUCUUACUAUUUCUGUAAGAGAUUUGUCAUUCACAUUCCAUCUCAGCUAUUUUGCCAAUUUCAUUUUUGCAACUAACCUUUUUUAUGUCCAGCUCAUGGACAGUGCAUUAGGACACCCUGACCCACUAUGUGUAUAUGAGGAAAUAAAAACAUUUAUUUUAUAGUGAAUGAAAACUCAAAUAGGGUGAAUGCACAUUAAUACUAAUAGUGUUUUGCUGCACUUCAUACUGAAAUAGAUUUGUUUUUCGUUAUGAACUGGUAGCAUUCAGUGUGUUCUCUGUAUUUCUUCUCUUUAUUAUUAAACGAGCUUUUGUACAAAG